AUCCCUCUCCGUACUUUUUUCUUCAUCGUCGAUAUCCCCUCUAGCUGCACCCACCCUCGCGCCAUCUGCCAAGUAUGGCAGCUCCGAUAACUGAACCGCGCUGCAAGCACCUUGUUCUGGAUGCAGGACCCUUGCUGUCCCUCUCCCCCAUCCGUGGGCUGGCCGAGACGUACUACACGGUUCCCCAGGUCCUUGACGAGUUGAAGGAUUCGAGGGCGAGGCAGCACUUCGAACAACUGGGACUUAGUUCAGGCGUCAACGUUGCUGUGCGCUCACCCGACGCUGCGAGCCUUGCUGAAGUGAUCAAGUGGGCAAAGAAGACGGGAGACUACUCUGUUCUCUCUCAAGCUGAUCUGUGCGUAAUUGCGCUCACCUACGCACUGCAACAAGAAGAGAAGAAGAAGGCUGAAGCUAAGGCAAAGGAGGAAGCCGCAACAGAAGAGACGACGACAACCGAAGCCACAGCUAGCACAGAUCCCGCUGCCGAGCAGGCUGCGGCCCCCUCCUCUUCGUCGCCCACUUCAUCCCUCCCCUCCGACGAUGAGCGCGAUGAGAGCGAUCCGAGGGAGCCUACAAACCCAGACGACACGAUCAAAGAGACCCUCGAAGACACCGAGCCUCUGGAUGUCACUCUUGAGCGCGUCGCCGAUGACCUCGCUUCCCUCACCACAACCGACGCCCCUGCCUCCGACGCUGCCCCUGCUGCCAACGAUACUCCUGCGGCUAACGCACCCGCAACUGACAACGCCCCCAUCUCACCAUCUCAACCCAUCACCACUCCUUCCCCUCCCCAAUCGUCCUCCCCCAUCUACGAAAACCCCUCCGACGACGACGACGGCGAGGGCGAGUGGAUCACUCCCUCCAACGUCGGCCUCCACAAGUCACGGGCGCUCGACCUCCUCCCAAGUGGCGAGCAAGAGCCCCAGACGGACGAAAAGGUCCUCGCGGGUUGCAUGACCGCCGACUUCGCCAUGCAGAACGUCAUCCUGCAAAUGGGGUUGAGCUUGGUGGGCGUCGAGGGUAAGCGCAUCGCGCGCGUGAAGAGCUGGGUCCUGCGUUGUCAUGCGUGCUUCAAAAUCUGCAAAGACCAAUCCAAAAAGUUCUGCCCCUCCUGCGGGAACCCCACCCUCCUCCGCGCCUCCGUGACCGUCAGCGCACCCGAUACCCCUACAUCCACCCCCGCCAUGGAAAUCCACCUCAAGCCCAACUUCCAAUACCGCCUCCGCGGCACCAAAUACUCCAUCCCCGCCCCCAAACCCGGGUCCGCGAAAACGGGCGCGGGCGAGGGUCUGAUUUUGCGCGAGGACCAAGCGGAGUACAUGCGCGCGAAGAAGCGCGCGGAUACGAAGCGUGAGCGGGAGGAGGCGCGGAUGCUGAAGGGGAUACUGAACCGGGGAGCGGAGGGGCGGGGGGCCACAGCCGUCGGCAGCUGGAUGGACCCGGAUUGGGUGCCGGAGAUGAUUGCGGUGGGGGCGGGAGGGAAGGGGAGGACGUCGCGGAAGGAUGGGGAUAUGCCCUCCAUUGGGUAUGGGAGGAAAAACCCGAACGAGCGGAGACGGAGUAAGAAGUGA